AUGGAUGGUCACCGCCCUUUCGCAGAAGAUGUAGUAAUUGAAAUUCUAUUGAGAUUGCCCGUGGAAUCACUCUUGCGUUUCAAUGUGUGCGCAAGCACUGGUGUGCUCUCAUCAAAACUUCCGAGGAUCACUCAUUUCACGUGUGUUGCUGGUCCAGUUGAUGGCUUAUUCUUAGUGCAGAAGAAGUUUUAUGGCGACGAUGUCUGCUUGGGUUUGUGGAAUCCUGCCACCAAAGAGUUCAGGACUCUGCCUCCUGCGCCUUUUGAGAUUAAGGGCUUUUUCACAAACCAUGAUCAACAGUUUGGAUUGGGAUUUGACCUGUUGACUCUAGAUUAUAAGGUUGUAUGGAUUCGAGUAUUCUGGGAUAUGCCGGGACAAGGUGCUAAUAAUCGUGUCUAUGCCUGUGUCUAUUCCUCAUGCAACAAUUCAUGGAAACACCUUACUCCUGAAUUCCCUCCCAGUUCUACCUUGUCUGCACCCCUUGAUGCCACUUAUCUCAACAGGGUUUAUUAUUGGCUUUGUAGGGGCCUUGAUGAUAUCUACACGAUUCGCUCUUUUGACAUGGACAGCGAACAGUUUGGGGAGAUACAAGUCCCACAUAUUCCAAGUGAACAUUGGGGGACACUUACAUUGCAUGGCGGCUUACUUGCUAUGUUAACCGGUGACCCUGGCAAACCAAUGACAUCCAUAUACAAUGUGUGGGUAAUGAAACAAGAGGGAAAUUGGUCCAAAGUUCUUACUAUUCAACCUCAUAUAGAUGCUCAUUGGCCUCUCAACAUCUGGGAUAACGAUAAGAUGGUUUUCGAGAUCACAGAAACUUCACAGCUGGUGCUAUAUGACCCUAAAACAAGGCAAGUUACAGAUCUUGGAUUUCAGCUGGACCUUUUCAUUGCUGGCUGUUGGGUUUUCAAUUACAAGGAGAGCCUAGUUCCAAUAAAGAGAGGAAACGAGACUCAGGGCGAGGAUAAUGCAGUCGAGCAAAUUGAACGCUACUUCUAUACCAUACCAAUGGAUGAGGCCUCAUCUUAG